AUGAGACAGGAAUUACCUUCUGGACCACCUGAAGAUAAUAAUUCGGUUUGUCAAACACAACUGAUGUGUAAGGGAAUCCUGGUUGAUACUACCGCUGCUAUCACAGUGCAUCAAACUUCCAAGGGUCUGAUUCAAUCUGUUUGCUUGCUUCAAUUCAUGAGCUUCCCAUCGUUAAUUACGGUCAAGUACAGUAGUGAGCUUGCUAAUAGUUCCGCGCAUAACUCAUAUGGGAUGUCAAGAACCUACCUAGGCCAAAGUACCCCAGACCGAGGCGUUGUGGCUGCAACCGAACUGGUCCCUUAA